CUGAGAACAGCCUAGAGUAAUAGGGAAAAAAACGCCCCGCCUUUUCCCGAAAUGCCCCGGAAGUGCCUCUACCCUCAGUAGAGUUGGAAGUAACCUUUAACAGCGGAGGCGGGGCUGCGCAUGCGCAACAAGUUUGGCGGGGGAAGAUGGCGGAUGACAAGGAUUCUCUGCCGAAGCUGAAGGACCUGACAUUUCUCAAAAACCAGCUGGAGCGCCUCCAGCAGCGUGUGGAGGAUGAAGUCAACAGUGGCGUGAGCCAGGAUGGCUCACUCUUGUCCUCCCCAUUCCUCAAGGGAUUCCUGGCAGGCUACGUAGUGGCCAAACUGAGGGCAUCCGCAGUAUUGGGCUUCGCAGUGGGCACUUGCACUGGCAUCUAUGUGGCUCAGUCAUAUGCUGUACCCAACGUGGAGAAGACCCUGAAGAACUACUUUAGGUCACUACGAAAGGGGCCUGACUAGACCCUUUGGG